AUGACUGUGCCUAGCAUCACAGUCUCUUAUGCAACCACCACCUCCGAGCCCCCCAUGACUCGGGAAACUACAUCCCCCAUCGAGUGGGAUCACUGUUACUCGGGCGCACACUUUUCAGGGAACCGAGACAUGAAGAUGAACGGACCGCCAGUUGUUGAGAUUGGUGGUCUCUGCGAUGUUGAGGAAGAGGGCCUCGACAAAAACUUCGUAUAUGGCCGCCUUUCCCCGGUCCCAGCCCCUCGACGGGAUUCAGAGGCAUUAUCUAAGUUAAACGGGUACCUUCCCGGAUACCGUUUUGUCGGUAACGGCGAGGUUGAGAUGGAUGAGGGCGAUGUGAAGUACGAGAGCUCGUUUCAUGAGUUCACCUUUGAGUGUCCGUUUCUCCCUGCCGAGGACUUUGAGGGUUUCAGCGGCUGUUGGCGUGAGGAUGACUAUGAGGCUGAUGUCUCCGAGUCCUGCUUUGAGGAGUCAAGUGAAGAGAGUUCCGACGCUGGUGGCUCCUCGGGGGACGAUAAUGUCUCUAACGCGUAUAGAGAGGUCCCUCGAAGGCCCUCUCACAUGGAAGACAACCACCGGGGACCGCGAAAGCGCAAGUUUGACGACUACGAGCAGGGUCAAAUUGAAGAAAAUGAGCUUGAAGAGGAUGAGUUUGACGAGGAGGAAUCUCAAGAUGUUCGGCUCGAGGAAUCUUGCACUAAUCCAUCGGAUGACGAGAUGAACUUGGAACAUGUCCUGGAGUGCCGGUGUUGCUCUGAACUCUACUUCUACUCCACUGAAGCUCCCGAGGACCACGAACAUUCCUUUGAGGACUAUGCUUUUCAAGAAGAUGAUGUUGAGAUUGAGGAGUCCCCUCGAAGACUCAAUACCAUUCCCGAGGAGGAGGAACCGGAGAGUCGUUUUCCCAAUAGGUCUGCAGAUUACGUGCCUAUGGUUACUCAUGCGGGCGAUGGCUUUUGGGCUAAUGAAAUUGUGUUUAUUGUGCAAGAGGAAGAGGAUGAUGAAGAUCCGGAUACUGUUGAAAUUGUCUUUGUUGAGCAGGAUGAGGAAUCUGAGGAUGAAACUGGGCCCUACUUCAACGAUACUCAGCUUGAUUCGGCGGAGGUGAACUACACUUUCGUUUGA